AUGGAACGAGACGGAACGGAAUUUCUGAUGCCCAAAUCAAGUAUCGGCAAACGCAAACGCCGACGCUUGAUUUGGGCAUCAGAAACAAACAACCCACUCUCUCAUCUCAACCACCACCAUCGUCGACGACACCCACCCAUCGCCACGUCACCACCAUCACCCGUGGUCACCACCCACAACGCUCGUCAACCGGCAACCACGACCACCAAACACGGGAACGCCACGUCACCGAUGCCACGUCGCUAUCAGCGAUGUGGCAACCAAACGACGAAUGAUGACGUCGUCGUCGUUCGUCGUCAUUCAGAGACAACGCCCACGUCAACGGCCGACGAAGACGACAUCAGCGGACGACGGCGAGCACGUCAACGAAGACACGACAGGAGGCCGACGAACAGCGACGAGGCCCAGUACUCCCCACCACACUCUCCCCCCUCCAUCAGUCCCCACCACUCCAUCCACCCUCCCUCUCUUCCCUCCCUCCCUCCUUGCCUCCCUCCAUCCUUCUUCCCUCCCUCUGUCCCUCUUCCCUCCCUCCAUGCCCCCUCUCUCUCCAUUCCCCCACCUCUUUCCCUCCCUCCCCCCUCUCUCCCUCACUCCCUCCCCUCCAUCACUCCCUCCCUCCUCCAUCACUCCCUCCCCUCUCCAUCACUCCCCACCACCUCUCCCCAUCACUCCCUCUCCCAUCACCCCUCUCUCCUUCACCCCUCUCCCCCUCCCCUCCAUCCCUCCCCCCUCCCUUUAACACUCUAUGUAUCGGAUUCCUGUCAAUUCCGGCCGGAAUCCGCGGAAUCCGGUAGGAAUCAGUGGAGGAAUGGAAAGUAUUGUGCGGAUGAGGAGAUUAAAGAGAAGCUGAAAGUGAAACGGAAGCCUACUGAUGAUGUUAAGCCCUCUGUGGAAGAAGCUAGGAUGGCGAAGCGGCGUUGUAUGAAUGGGAAAAAAAUGGUACCUUGGGUUGUGGGUGUUCCUUGGCAAGCUACCUUCCCUCAGAGCCUCUUUGACACCGAACUUUGCAUUGCUGUACCUCUGCCUUUUUUCCUUAACAAGAAUCUGAAUAUCUUGAAUGUUGAGGCUUCUACUCUGCCUACGACGAAGACUAAUCCAAAUCCUGGGGAAACGAAGGGUACUGUUAUUCUUGACAUUGAGAAAUUGUCUGUCCGCUUCGGGAAGGAACUCUCCUUGUCUUGCAGCCAGUGGACAGAGGCUGCUGGUAACAUGUAUUUAUUUCAAAAGGAACGUGAUGAAGAGGGCACUGGCGAGGCUCAUAGUAACUGGUAUAACGAUCACUUCUGCUUCUAUACUGCUCAGGACACAAAGGACGACCUUUACGAGGCCUGGAAACCUGAUGAGCUGAAGUUCCAUCAGGAACAUUGGGCGAAAUACGGUGAAUUUGACGCCGCUCGUUAUUACCAGGCCUACAAGCUGUCCGAGAAGCAGUGUGAAAUGAUGGCUGACAUUCAUGGGAUGAUGGGGUCUGAACCUACCAAGCCUUCUCUCAGCGCGACAUUUGGGAAACUCACGCCACGAAUCACUUCUUGCUCUUCUCAAACACAGCCUUCACAGCCCUUUUCUUCAGGCAGCGGCAAGUCCUCCUCCUCGACACCCGACUGCCUUAUCUGCGCUGAGCGAGGCCAUGACGCAACUCAACACGCCGAUAGCACCAUCGUCAUCAAGUUCAAAUCUGAUGGCAAGCCAGUAUGGUCCAAGUACAGUGACCAUAACCUCCUCAGCCACGACAACUGA